AUUCGCUUUAAACAUUCGCGUCGCAAAAGUCAAUCGAUGUCAUUGAUCACUUAUCGCGCACGGUUCUGUGUAUACUAUACUUCACUUCAUUCAUGGGUACAAUACCAAAUCCUAUUUCGAUUAGCGCUGUGUCCAGACUCACUUGAAUACUAUAAAGUAGAAAUCACUCAAAAGGUUGUCUCGCGUUCACCUCACGACAACUUCUGCAAACUUUCGAUUACGAGGCUCAAGUCAAGCUUACCAUGAAUGAGCCAUCUAAACCGCGAUAUGUUCUCAUCGCAUCAAAUGGAGACGCCAUUCUAGUUGUCGGGCCAACCGAGACACGAAUUCGUGUUGAAACUUCUGCACUGGAGAGCGCUUCCUCAGUCUUUCGAGCUGUAUUCUCGUCCGGGUCAUCCGAAGCACUGAAUUUCAAUCGAGUUGAACCAGUUGUGAUCCCUCUACCUGAAGAUGACGAGGACGCCAUGGAAGCGCUAUGCAACAUCUUGCACUGGAAAAAUGAUGCUCUUGGCGUAGUCGACCCUGAACGAGCUUUGCGAAUUUCACGAGUGGCCAGGAAGUUUGAAUGUCUGACCGCAUUGAAGUUCGCAAGCGCGCAGUGGCUCAUUCCUUCAGAGUGUAUGUCCGCAUUGGACCUCGUCAGACUCGCUGCUGUGGCUUAUUGCUUCGACAACAAUACUGCAUUCAGCAACCUCACGCACACCAUUAUUUCGACACGGACUGAGGCUCCUGUACCCAGUGCGGAUCAGCAACGGGAAGUAUUCCCACGUGAAUUUUGGACUUUGAUGGAGGAGCGACACAGCAGCCUGCGAACUCAACUUACUGAUAUGAUCUUCCGGCUUCUGCGCGCUGAUUAUUGCAGGAUAUGCGAGUCCACUUCUCAAAGCAAGGUUCUAAUUUACCUCUCGAAACUUCAGAACCUUGAUAUCCUUCCCCCACCAGCAACUAUGAGCAUUGCCGAGAUGCUAGGAGCGCUUGCUACUAUCGACAAUGGUGACAGAACUGUCGGAGAGUGUGGCAGACAUCACCCAAGAUGUGCUCCUGACAAUCAAUUGAAAGAAAGCAUUUCCCGUUUCGCGAAUGAGUUUGUUGGAAUAUGUCUGACGUGCGUUCGGAAGGAGGACUAUGUCAAGGCAAAAUAUUGUCAAGGAUGUACCUGAGAAUCAUUUCAACCUGAUUUCAGGCAUUUCCAGUACCCUGGGCAUUGUCGCUUUGGCUUAAGUAUGCCAUCAGGCUCGUGGACAGAUUUCGUCCUAGAAUAGCACCUCAGAGUUCCACAUACAUGGAGCUGUGUUAGAUAUGCUACAAUGAAAGUUUAUACCAG